CAGGUGAACAACAUCUUGGGAAGUUUGACCUUCGGCCGCGAAAUCGAUCAGCACACAAUGCAUGCCGGUGAUAAAGGGCCCAGUACAUGUAACGGCAUCAUUUACAGAAACUACGUAAACGUACGGUAGGCCCACAUGUAGAAAUUUUGACAAAACACACUGGUCAUAGAAGAGCAAGUAGUACGUACAGUUUUCAGCGUGCAGGUCCUGUACCGUCCGCGGGAAGAUGAAAGCGAUUGACGGCAUGAUGGCUCUCGACGCCCGCUCGGUACUCCUCGGUCUCGUGGUGUUUCUGGUUCUGUAUCGUCUCCUUCGCCGUACGCCGCGUAAUCUGCCGCCUGGCCCCACGGGUUGGCCGGUGCUAGGCUAUCUACCACAGCUCGCCAUGGCAAAAGAAGAUCCGCAAAAAAUAUUCUCCAAACUAGCUGCCAAAUACGGUGACGUGAUCAGUGUGAAUUUGGCGGGAAAUCUGCUGGUGGUUCUACACGGAGUUGACGCCAUUAAAGAAGCCUUCAAUCAGCCGCAGCUGAGUGCUAGACCGAAACUACACGUGAGCGAGAAGCUUCAGCCUGGGGUUGGUAUUUUUAUUUCGUCUGGCGAGAUCUGGACAAAGAUCCGGAGAUUUUCCUUGACCGUUUUAAGAGGCUUCGGAGUGGGCAAGUCCAGCUUCGAAGAGAACAUCGCAACGGAGGCAAAGUUCCUGAUCGAGGAAUGGAAGAAAGAGGCAGGAACUCCCUUCGAACCCAGACACCUGAUUUCACGCUCCGUCUCCAACGUCAUCUGCGCCGUGGUCUUCGGCGAGAGGUUCCAGUACACCGACGAGAUGUUCAGGCGUCUCAUCCACUGCACUGAUGACGUCUUCGAGAAGAUCGGAGCCGGUGGCGCCAUCGAAUUCUCGCCCAUCUUUGCCAAACUCACGUUCCUACCUGUCGUCCGGAGAUACAAGGAGUCAGCCCAAGCUCUAAUUGACCAGAUUUGGUUAAUGAUAGAGAAGCACAAUCGGGACUAUGACGCCGACAACAUCCGCGAUUUCAUCGAUACGUUCCUUAAAGAGCAGAGCAAAUUCGGCGAGUCUGAGGUCUUUAAUGUCGACAACAUGAGACAAGUGGUCGGCGACCUGUUCGUGGCUGGGAGCGAGACCACCACGACGACCCUGCGUUGGAGUCUGCUGUACAUGAUGGCCUACCCCGAGGUACAGACCCGGGUGCAGAAGGAGCUGGAUGACGUCACAGGAAGGAAUCGAUUCCCCCGGAUGUCAGACAGACCUGAUCUGCCGUACACAGAGGCAGUUAUCUGUGAGCUGCAACGGAUCAGCACCAUCGUACCCCUAAGCGUACCCCACGUUUGCUCUGAGGACACCACAGUUUUAGGGUACGAUAUUCCGAAGGGCACUUUUCUCCUCGCUAACCUGUGGCACAACCACUUCGACCCUGCGGUAUGGGAAGAGCCCAAGUCGUUUCGUCCGGAGCGAUUUCUGGAUGACGACGGCAAAGUGAUCAGCCGCGAUGAGUUGACCCCUUUCGGCAUAGGUCGGCGAAUCUGUCUAGGAGAGCAUCUUGCCAGGAUGGAACUCUUCAUCUUCUUCACUCUCCUCCUGCACGAGUUCACCUUCAAGAAUCCCCCAGAUGGUCCCCCUGUGUCACUCGAAGGCACCAACACCUCGACCUGGGCGCCCAAGAAUUACAAAGUCUGUGCUAUCCCUCGAGGGUGACCGACUCACACAGGCGGCUUCUAAUCAGUAACAGAAGAAUGUUGCGAAUCUUCCAACAGUCAUUAUCACAUUAUUUCUAUCAUGCAAAAUAUUAUAUGUACACAGAUUAUGCAUUACCAGUUGAUUGUCAAUAAUGUGACCAAAGCCUUUCAGAAGUUGUGUACAUUUAUUACAUUUUCGUAACAUUUACAUUGCAGUACUGCUGGACUUGCAUUAUUUUCUUAUUGUCAUGGUCAAGUUAAGGAAUACGGGUUUAAUAUAUAGUAUCCUCAUGGUCGUUGAGAUACUGUAAGUAGAAAUACAUGUAGUAUGUUUGGUAUAAGUACAUUUUGAAGAAACCGAACUCCAAACACUCUUGUUGACUCAACCGAUGGGCAGCCGUGUUAGUCAAAACAGCUACAGGUUGAGUAGAUUAUGUAGCAUAUUUUAAAGCUUAACUUAUAAACUUGCUCAACCGUUCGCAGCAAGCAGUUCCAUGAGCGAAACCCUCAAGAAUCAUUCAAAUCACUCAUGUACUUUUCAAGUUACUGAAUUUUAAACACAACCGCCUUUUUAAAGUUCUGUCCACAGAUCACAAAAAAGGUU